AUGUAAUAGAUUUCUCCAGAAGUUGAGCAAUACCUACAAGAAGCAGUCAAACCACUCCUUGAGAGAAUCGAGGAAUUAAAAUAAAAGGAUUAGUAGAAUGAAGAUCAGAUCAAAUUUCUGACAGGAGAAAUCAGCCAACUCAAAGCAUUGGUUUCAACUUUCAAGCCAGCCGAGGAGAAAAAAUAAGUUAAGUAAUAAUAGAAGUAAGAAAUGAAUGGUAAUAAUAAUGAUCAUAAAAAGCCUGAACGCCCUUAAACUGCAGUUUAACAAAAGAAUGAUUAAAACAAAUAAAAGGAACCAAAGCCAUAAACUGGAAACAAGAAUUUAAGCCAAAGUGCAUUAGUAGAUAAUACAACUAAGAAUGAAGCGGAAAACACUGCUCCAAAAUCCCAAAGAUAAUCUGAAGAAAAACAACCUAAAAUUGCAAAAUAACAAUAGUAGUAGCCACCUUAACCUAAACCAAAACCAGCUAAGCAGCCAGAAUAAAAGGACUAACAAGAAACAAAAACUUCAAAUUAAGAUUAACCAUAAAAAUAAGCAAAUCCCUAGAAAGAUGACAAGUAAGCAGACAAAAUUAAACAAAAUAAAUAACCUCAACCUUCUUAACCUCCAUAAUCAGACAAACAAAAAGAAUAAUCUAAAAAGAAUGAAAAACCUUAAGAUUAAAAAUAAAACGGAGUUUAAAAAAGUACUAAUUCCAAAUAACCUGAAAAAAAAGUGGAUAAUAAACAAGAUGAUAAAAAAAUAGUUAAAAAAGGUUCUAAGCCUGUAAAUUAAUCUGGAAAUCACCAUUAAACUGAUGAAUAAUAAUAAUAAUAGAAAGCGUAAGUAUCUUAAGAAUAACCUCCUGCAGAAAAAUAAAUCAAAGAAAACCAUUCUGAAUAGAAUGAACAGUAAUAAGAUCACCAUUAAGAAAUAGUUAAUAAUUAAUAAGAAGCUGUUUAGAAUUAAGUAGAAGAAGCUGUUUAGAAUUAAGCAGAAGAAGCUAUUUAGCAUUAAGCAGAAGAAGUUCUUUAGCAUUAAGCAGAAGAAGCUGUUUAGAAUUCAGUCGAAGAAAAUCAAUUUUAGCAUAAUGGCAAUUAAGAAAAAUAAGAGGAUGAAAAUUUAUUAACUGAUAAUCACUAAGAUGAUAAUAAUUAAAAAAGUGAAUAAGUAUAGUAGAGUCAAUAGGAGGAUAUGUUUUGAGUUUAUUAAAUAUCAUCAUAGAGAAUAACAUAUAAUUA